AGUCUUGUGUCCUUCGUGGUCCAUUGUCCUGCCCCCUGGGCUCCUAGUGCAUCUAUUUGUCCCCAAAGAGAAGAGGGACAGGGAUUCUAGUUGGGUAUGUCUCUGAAGCUGGCACUUUCCCAUUUCCAAUGAGCAGGGCUUGCAGCCUCCAAACCAGAUGUGAUUAAGCAGCUGGAGCGAGUGGAAGGCCCGUGGGUGCCCGAGGAAGCGGCUCCGGCAGUCAGCUGGCCAGAUUUUGAAACUAGGCCUGAAACCACACAGUUAUAUCCAGAAUUGGGCCUUUCUAUGGAAGUGUCGUCCCAUGAGAAAUUUCUAACAGAUGAUGCUUAUGUCUUCCCGUUGGGAGAAGACUUGGAAUGUGGUGCCUGGCUUAAGAAGAAGUGGAGCAGCGAAGGAGAGGAACUUUGUGAAUAUAAUGACUAUGGCAAGGUCUUCUGUGGACAUGUAAGACUUCCUGAAUAUCAGAAGAUUCCUUCCAGAGAGACUUAUGGAUGUGAGCAAUGUGGGAAAGCCUUUCAACAGAGAUCGGGAUUUAGGGACCAUCAGAGAAUUCAUACUGGAGAGAAGCCUUAUGUGUGUACUCAGUGUGGGAAAUCCUUCAGCCGCAAGGCCACCCUGACUUCCCAUUACCGACUUCAUAUUGGUGACAGACCUUAUGAAUGUGAGGAAUGUGGAAAGGCCUUUCAUCAGAGGUCAGGACUUACUGAACAUCAGAGAAUCCAUACAGGAGAGAAGCCUUAUGAGUGUAAAGAAUGUGGAAAGGCCUUCCGACAGCAUGUGCACCUAACUUCCCAUCAGAAAAUUCACAUGAGAGAGAAUGCUUUUCUAUGUACUAUAUGUGGGAAGUCCUUCCCCUGCAAGUCAACCCUGACUUCCCAUUACAAAAUUCACUCUGGUGACAGACCUUAUCGAUGUAAUGAUUGUGAGAAGGUUUUCCACCACAGAGCAGACCUUAUUAGACAUCAGAGGAUUCAUACUGGAGAGAAGCCUUAUGAAUGUACUCAAUGUGGGAAAUCCUUCAGCCGCAAGUCCACCCUGACUUCCCAUAUUCACACUCGAGAGAAGCCUUAUGCCUGUACUCAAUGUGGGAAAUCCUUCAGCUGCAAGGCCACCCUGACUUCCCAUUACCAACUUCAUAUUGGCAACAGACCUUAUGAAUGUGAGGAAUGUGGAAAGGCCUUUCAUCAGAGGUCAGGACUUGCUGAACAUCAGAAAAUUCAUACUGGAGAGAAGCCUUAUGAAUGUAAAGGAUGUGGAAAGGCCUUCCGACAGUUUCAGGAGCCGCACCCAAAGCUCCUUACAGGGGAUGAUGUCAUCACCCUCCCUCCAAUGAACAGGCCUGGAUCCUCAUCUUCGUCCUGCCUGCCAACCGUGGGUGUCCCCCGGGGCUCUCUCCUGGGCCCCCUUCUCUUCUCCCUCUGUACGGUCUCACUGGAUGACGUCCUCAGCUCCCAUGGAGUCAAUCACCAUCUCGAUGCUGAUGAUUCCCCGAUGUAUAGCUCCAGUUCUGACCUCUUGGCUCCCAUCAACUGCCCACUGGACACCUUGAACUGGAUGUUCUGUAGUCAUCCAGCGCAUCCUUGA